AAAUUUCCUACUCCCACUGCACGAACUGCGAUCAGCAAGGACAGUACAGUAUAAUUAAUUAUAGGGCUUUAUUAGUACAGUCUCGCCUGGUAAACCGGUGGGAAUACCUCUCCCCAUUGCACCCAGAUAUUUUCCGCCGCCUCGAGUUCUGUGCAUUCCGCUCCCGUCGGCGGCAGUUCUUCCAUCUCAGCUUCCGUGUUCUGUCCGUUUACUAGUACCAGCUGCUGUGUCCGGUCCAUCUUCGUAAGUCGACCUCCAUAACAUCGCUUCUUUGCCCCGUGGUGCCUUGUUGCCUCGGGCAAGUCGGCCGAUUUGUUCAGAGUCCACCAUUGGCUCACGCCCGGCCGAUCCUAAAAAAAAAGGCCUUCUCCCCACUCAAAACUUCACUCCAAAGCCAACCCAACCCAGACGAUACAUACCACCACAUGUCCACCCCCUCUCCCACCCAAACUCGGUGCUUCCCUUCCGCCAUCUUCUAGCCAGUCGUGUCCGCCAGUCAUCGUUCGUGGUUGUUAAAGCGCAGCAGACUCACAGAAUUUGUUGUGUGGCCAGUCCAGGCGUUGCCGAUACAGCCUGCGCUUUUUCGCAAGUAGCAAUUUCCUCCUCCCUCGCGUCCGCCAUCUUCCACGGUCGAAUCCUCUCGCGAAAUUUGUUGGCGGACGAUGUCGUUUUACGAACCACAAGGAUGGCAAGCUCCUGCCAGGCAGGCGUCUUGGGAACAACCCCCGCCGCCGUCGCGCUCAGGCGCAAGUUCGACAUCACAACGCGAAGACAGCAAUGCCUUCGCCACUCAAUUCGAAGAGGUAGAUAGAGCCAUGGACAACCUUGUCAAGAGCGGCAAGUUCUAUACUCCGGGUCCCCGACCGUCGCCAAUGUCGAUGCCGGCCGGACGACCUGGAGUAGACUUUGUGAAAGGGCCUCGAAUGUACGGCGGCCGUCAUGGUGACUUUGAUCCCUCUCGACCGCAUCCCGGCGCCAACCUUCAAAAUUUUUACGCAUCGCAAAGGCAUCAAGGACGACAGCCAGAUGCUGAUCAGAUGAUGCAAGCGAAACGGCGGAUGGCGGCUCAGCGUGAACGCGAGCUACGCAACUAUCAUCAAGAACAACAAUAUAACCGAAAAGGUUUAUUGGCAGAGAUGUCUUCCAACAAAUCCGAUCGUUCGAUGAGCCCAAACAACAUGAGUGAGGAGGAGCGCCGUGAGUUGAUUGCUCGUCAGCAUCGUGCUUUGUACGGCGAGGCCGGAGCCUUUGUAAACCAAAUUCCGUUUACGAGCGAGGAUGCCGCCAACAGAGAUCCGGGAGCCACUGUUCAUCCCGCUCCCGGAGGGGCUGUUCGAGGUCCCUCGCCACUUGGAGGCGAUCAUUUUGGUGUCACUGGUCAGGCUCAACAGGGCGAAAGCAAUGUGCAAGGGGCUGGGUCAGGCCCAGAUGGUGCUCGCAUAGAGAAGGCGUCAUCGCCUUCGACACAGGGGUCGUCUGGUUUUGGUAAUUUGGAUGCCUCCAUUCAUUCAUCUGGCCAGGCUCCAACUCCGCCUUCUGGGGACGAUUCGUCUCAUGCUCGCCAUAUGUCCAAGUCCACCACGGCGCCGGUCAACAGUGGUAUGGGGCCUAUUGGCAGCCGUCCUAACGCCCAGCAAGCGACAAGCCAGACGCUUAACAAACGAACCACUUCGCCCCUACCUCCGGCCUUGGGGUAUGGCUUUGGCCCAAGUGAUCAGAAUGCUGAUCGAGUAAAUUCUGCGGCGCCUGCGUCCAAUGCGACAAAGGAAUCUUCUUCGAACCCUGGUUCGGGGGCCUGGGGCACCGGAAGUGGCGUUUGGGGUUCCAACAAAAUUGGGACUACUUCUGUCUGGGGUUAAUUGAGCCAUGAAGAUAUGAAGAUGACUUGAUGUGUUUUCGUAUACCCGGAGUUGUGUUGUCUUUUCGGCAUACCUUCGGUGUACAGGACAUGGGAAAGGGUGGGGUCUUGACGUGGGAAAUGCAUGUUGUCAUUCGAUGCUCUUGCAUAGCGUUCUCGUGGAGAGGGAUGGAUUGGAGCUGUAGCGUUCAUCGUCCUGCUGGGAUAUGGGGUGCUCAGAACUGAUGCACCGGGAGUCGGGUCGGCGAACGUCAAAAAAGUCAAAGCUGCUAUUUAUUGGAGGCACCUGGUUUGCGAUCACUCGGGAAGCAUUGCCAGGAUUUGUUGGCGAAUGGAAGCAGUGCGUUUAAGGAGGAAUCGACAAAAGAGCUGGGCCAUAUGUGAUUGUUUGUCUUUGGUUGUUGGCUGCUCGCGCGGGCAUGGCUAUGGGUCUUGUGGCUGAUACGACAUGGUCCUUGCGAAGCAUGGCGUUGUGGGAUUUUGAAGCAUUCCGUCCGACCGGUUUUUAUUUGUCUUUCGAGUAUCUGUUGCCCUGUGCGGUUUUCAUCACUCAAGGCAGGGUGGGGGCAGGGUUUGGUACAGCUGUUGGUCCGGCAAGUUCGAAGGGGUCGUCGUUCUCGCAUACUUUCCUGACUGUUUGGUCGCUCUGGGUUGAGUCAGAGAUUGGGGUAGGAUCUAUAUUGAUGAAUUUGUCUAUGGUCGAUCUGGUCCGGGGAAAGUCGACGUAGAGAAGAACAUCGUUGACGUCCGAAGGGAAUACCAAAGGAUUGAAAUGGACGACAACGGUGUUGUUACGAUGCUGACUGGUGUUGCACUCACCUGGAGAACCCCAGUCUGACCAUCGCCUCUGCUCUCUCGAGCAUCCCUUUCUUCUCAUUCGAGACUUAUAUAUCUUGUAGGCGGUCCUAAUUACCCUCGUUGUAUGCCGCUCUACAAGAGUCCUGGUCAGUAUACUAAACAAGACCGUCAACUUUGCGAAGAGCAAAGAGGGCCAGCGUCCUGCGUUGCUCUGCCUAGGACAUGGACAGGGAGCCAAAUUGCCAGAAUUCUACAGAGAGAUGAAAAUAUCCGCUGCGGGUCACCUCGGAGAGUGUAAAGAUACGCAACAUAAAAAGAUGUUUGGUCCAGAUCUUCUGGAACAGAAGUGUCGAGACACGCGGUAUUCAGGCAAGGCUACAGUGCAGCCUUGCCGAGUUUGGA